AGUUACUGAUCUCUGUUCCUUGUUAUUAUGAAUACCGUCAAUUCGGCUCACGACCGACAGGCCUAUAUCGACAAGAUCGUUGAGGACCCCAAUCUGAAAUUCAUUUUCGUUGGUGGCAAGGGAGGUGUCGGCAAGACCACGACCUCCUCUGCUAUAGCCAUACAGUUGGCAUACACCCGCAAGGUGCUCUUGCUGUCGACAGAUCCAGCCCAUAGUCUUGGCGAUGCGUUCCGAACGAGGUUCGGUGGCGAACCGACCCCAGUACCGGGCGUGGCGAAUUUGGACGUCCUUGAGAUUAACCCCCAGGCAUACCUGACAGAAGAGCUCAAGCAGUGGGGUCAGCUCGCCCACCAGGCCGGCUACAACGAUCUUAUCAAUAACGUUGAGAAACUUCAGGACUGGAUAUCUGGCAUACCUGGGAUCGACGAGGCCACGGCCCUCUCCUCUGUAGUAGACCUAUUGGAAGGCGGACAUUACGACAUUAUAGUCUUCGACACGGCCCCGACAGGGCAUACUCUCAAACUCCUACAGUUACCUGAUAUUUUACAGGUUGGACUGACCAAGCUGGAGUCAUGGCAGACAUCUCUUUGGCAGUAUUGGCAGAUGGUCAAGGGCGGUAACUACUCUCAGACUGAAGCCUUGCGCAAAAAAGUGACCUCGAGGAUACGCGAUUAUAAGAGAGGUAUCGAGAAGGUUGGACGCAUGCUGAAGGACCGGAUGAGGACAACCUUUGUAGUUGUAUGCAUCGCUGAGUACCUCAGUAUAAAGGAAAGUCAGAGGCUUCUGAGGGAGCUCCACAAGGAUCAAGUCGCAGUCUCGCACGUUGUUGUGAACCAGCUUGUGCUUGGCGAUUUCACGUCAUUGUCGAUCGAUGAUGCCUCUACUGCCCAGAAAGGCGAGGAGGCGCUCGGUCAGGGUCCGUGGAGGACUAUACAGCAGUCGGUUCAGUUUUGCAGAGCUAGGAAUUCAAUCCAGCAGAAGUACCUGAACGAGUUGCGAAACUUCCCUGAAGUAGCGGAUGCCGGUUUAUCCGUCAUACAGUUGCCGUUGCUCCCCUAUGAGGUUACUGGUGUAACCAGUCUGCUCAACUUCAGCCAGAUGCUACUGCCUCAGGGAUACCGACAAGGCAGCGCUCCUCCGAUACCUCUGGUGGACAGGAUAAGUGUUCGGGAAGAGCUGUAUGUCGACUCGUGUUCAUUCAUGGAUGGUGACCGAGUGGUGGUCACGGGUCUGGCGAAGGCUCAGCACUACAAUGGCAAGCCCGCCGAAGUCAUCAAGGUCACCGACGAUGGACGAGUGGCUGUGCGAGUGGAGGUCGAAGCCAAGAAGUACAAGAUGCUUUCAUUGAAGUCAGAGAACCUCAUGCUUGCUGACGACUAUGAGCCGACUUCCGAGAACCCCCGUUUUCUCUAGUUUGACAAAAUACCACUACUAUACCAGUAGCUGCGUGGUAAAAUACAC